AUGGAUGGAAAUCGCGUUCGCAAAGCGCGGAUCGAAAUACCCAUCCCGUUCAAACGUCGGCCAUACAGGUCGGGCGACGGCCCUGCUCUUGCCCCGAUCCGCAUAGCCCUCGAGAACGAAUCGAACGCUUUCAUAAUCGACAGGCGCGUCCGCCCAGGUACACCGAUCAACAACGAGCUCAGGCUGGAGAUGUACUACAUUGUGGGGUGGCCGGACCUGCCUACUGUCCGCCUAGCCGUUCUUGCGACGAAGAUCUACGAUUACGUCUCGCCGCGCACGGUUGAGGAUUGGGAGUAUAAUCUGUUGCUGGAGCAGGACAAGGAACGAGAGGAACGAGAGGAACGCGAGGCAGAAGCAAUGCGCCGGGCCAAGAAGGUAGCUCUGGGACGGACGGCAUCUACACCGGCAGCAAGUACGCCGAAGCCUGGCACGCCAAUGGUCGCCGGGCAGAAUAAGCGCGGUCGUCCGAGCAAGGCGGACAUGCCUGCGCGUCGGAUGGCACAGCAGGCCAGCUUCGACGAUGCCGACAUGGAGAGAGUCGAGGCGUCUUUACCUCCCACACAAACGUCUGGCCCGUCAUUGUCCACGCCCCAGAAGCGACUCGCUGCCGAACUCAUAACACCCGUGGAUGAUCUUGACGAUAACGAACAUAAUGCCAUAUUCAAACAGCUCAAUGGCGAAGACACCGACAUGGACGCCAAUGGCCGGACGUGGGGUGAAGAUGAGGAUGAGGAUGAAGAAGAAAAAAAAAAGGAAGAGGAAGAAGAAGAAGAAGAGGUCGACCUGCUCGAGGCCCCGACUAGGUCAAAUUUCUUCGCCGGCCUCUCACAAAAAGGGUACGCUUAUCCUUUCAUCCCAAACUCUUUACAUACUUCAAACAUGUCAUCCAAUAGAGACCCGCCCCGACCAACCUCUAACACUCCCGUCCCGGCCCCAUCAUACCCUCGUCCGAAGUUCAAGAAGAAGACACCGUGGUCACCGAGAUCCAAGCUCACCACUCCUGUUCCAGUUCCAACGGUUCCACGUCCGCCUCUGAAGCAGCUGCUACCCCCAAGGGUAAAGCUUACCACCCCAGUGCCGGUCCCCUAUUUCCCGGCACCGAAGCCUAAAAUAUUACUGGCAACGGCAGAAAAGAUCGAAACCCCAGUUCCCGUUCCCGCUUUCGAAGAAUUAGUUCGAAAUGGAGCAAGAUCAGCACCGCAACCCAGGUCUACAUUCGAGCACCACGGUUUCACACCAGCGGGUCGCAGCUCUGGCAGAUGGCCGACGGAUUCAAUAACCGUAGCUGGGCCAGAUUCGCGGACCCAGACGCUGGAGACUCCCCUCAAGCCUCGCCCGAGGUCUCACAAGAAGCCAAGAACACCACCGCCCAAGGAAGACGAACCCGUCUGGGAAGUCAAACGGCUGGAAGGAGACAAAGUAGUAGAGAUCGAUGGUGCGCGCGUGCGGUACUUCAUAGUUCGCUGGGAGGGCAAUUGGCCCCCGGACCAGAAUCCCACCUGGGAACCCGAGUCCUUCAUCGCGCCGCCCUUGGUCAAGCAGUACCUGAAGAAGAAAGCGAGCAAGGGCGACAGUAGUAGCGCAGCCAAUACCCCAAUCAAAGUCGAGAAGAUCGAACGUCCAAUGUCGACCCUCAAGCGGAAGUACUCCAGCGUGGCCGAGGCUUUCGAAGGCACGGCGGACGAGGAAGACCCGCUGCACGUCGUCAGCCCGGCCAGAGCGUACGAUGCAGACGUCGGGGAUGAUGCUGACGAUGACGGGGUGGAUCGCCUGCGGGUCACCGAACGCGACGACUCGCCUCCGAUGCGAUACUCGGACCAUUCGUUCGACGCUGCGCUGAUGAUGAAGCUCGCGUCGACGUUCCGUAGCAGUGCACUGGGGUCGGGGCCGUAG